AUGAGGGAGACGGACACACCAGUCGAUGAGAUAUCGAAGAGUGACAAGAAGAUUGCUGAUUUCACGGCUCGGAUGCUGAACGCAGAAGAAGAGGCGAUGCUAGCGAUGGAUCAAGAGACGAUAGAGCAAGCCAGCUUAAGAAUGACAAUGGCGAGGCAUUUCCAAUCCAAGAUCGAGACGGUGGGCAGUAAGAAAAUUGUCAAGGAUAUAGAUCGAAAAGACCGUAAGGACCCUAUCGAUAUGAGUAACUUAGCGUUAUUGUCGAGAUCUUUGAAGGAAUUUUGUCAAAUCAUGCUAAUUGCAUAUUUACAUAAGAACCUAUGCUUCGAGGCUGCGCAACAGAGUUUCAAGCCGUCAUCUUAUAAGUAUAAUAAGUUGGAGAAGGCAAAGGCUGCUGUAACUGAAACAAAGCUGAAAACGUGGAAGGAGCAGAGCGAGAUGAUUGUCAAUCUGUUCUCAACAGACCCCAGGCCGGAAUUGCUGGUAUCCAUUAUGGUACCACCGGACGAAGGAACACCAGUGUCACAUUACCUUUUGGAAUUGGACACCCAUAUAUCACGUGCUCAGACACAAAAAAUGUCAGUAGACAAGCUGAGCAUGUGCGUGUUGUGGGUGCAAACGAUCUUUUGGUCGUCUCUUCAUCGAAAAGAUCAAAAGGUGCUGUACACCGACAUGCAUCAAUCGUAUCCAGACAAGGUACGUGAGAUUUCAAUUGAAAGACCAACAUAUGGUAUUAUGAAACUCGCAGACCAGACGUUUUCAAAACGGCCAUGUUCUGUGGUGAAGUUCAUACCGCCUAGUAAGAAGGCGGUGCCCAACCCGAAUGGAGGGCUGAGUAGUGGUCGAGACUCACAUGCGGGGACGGGAAACCAGAAAGGGAACAAGGGUGGAGACAGAAUUGGCCAGAAGAAUAGGCACGGGCAAGGUGCUGAUGGUCAAAAUAACAAUGUCAACACCAAGGGGACCUUAGGAAACAAAUCCAAUCAGGCAGCCGAGCCUCCUAAACCAAAGUAUAAAGAGGUCAAGGAGUGUGUUGAGACGGAUUCCGGUUGGCGCAUGACCCAACAUGAGCCGAAUGGACGCUGUAAUGGCAGGCACGCAGAGAAAUGUAAACAUUAUAUUGCGAAGUGUGCAGAAUGCGCUUGGACUGGAGGUUACCACAAACACAUGUGA